AUGUCGGGUUUUGGUUCUUUGCUGGAGUACAAUGAAAUUGUUAGGCAGAUGUUUGGUAAUGAAGAAGAAGGAUUUCAGUUUUAUAACAACUAUGCUAAGGAGAAAGGAUUUAGUGUGAGGAGAAGCUACUGUGAGUGGGACAGUGGCCAUAAUGAGAUUACCCUUCGGAAGUUUGUCUGCAGUCGUGAAGGUUUUCGAGAAGAGAUGGAGCUGAAGAGGGAGAGUAAGAAGCGGAAACCACGGAAUAUUACUCGUGUUGGAUGUCGUGCUAAACUUGUGAUUGCACGAGAUCAGAGCACAGAGCAGUGGUAUGUGAAGGAUUUCAUCGGUGGACACAACCAUCCGAUGGCGGAACCAGACGUUGCUUGUCUGCUGCGUUCACAUAGAAGAAUCAGCGAUGAUCAGAAAGCUGAGAUUUUGGAGAUGCAGAUUUCUGGGAUCCGCAAACACCAGAUAAUGGAUAUUGUGCAAAAGCAGUACGGUGGGUACGAUAAGGUUGGAUAUACAAUGAGGGACCUGUACAAUUUCUGCCAUCGCAAUAAGCUGGAGACAGUUGCCGCUGGUGAUGCUCAAACAGUCAUCAGUUACCUGACAGAAUGCAAACGUAGAGAUCCUGAUUUCUUUUUCCAGUACAAGACUGAUAGGGAAGGGCACCUGAAGGGACUGAUCUGGUGUGACUGUCAAUGUCGGCUUGACUACAGAGCAUUUGGUGAUGUCGUCGUAUUUGAUAGCACGUACAAAACGAACCGAUACAACCUGCCUCUUGUUCCUUUUGUUGGAGUGAAUCACCAUGGCAGUACGGUUCUUUUUGCUUGUGGAAUUGUUGCUCAGGAGACUAUUGAGUCUUAUGUGUGGCUGCUUAGCACAUUAUCUGAUGCCAUGGCUCAGAAGCAUCCGGUUUCCGUGAUCACUGAUGGAGACCUUGCUAUGCAGAGAGCAAUCAGGGUGGUGUGGCCAAAUUCAUCUCAUAGGCUAUGCAUAUGGCAUAUUGAGCAGAACAUUGUGCGUAAUCUGCAUGAUGAUGGUGUCAAGAAUGAUUUUAGGUAUUUCCUUUAUGAUUGUUGCUCCAUAGAAGAGUUAGAGAUGAAAUGGCUAGAAUUCUUGGAUAAGCAUAACGUUACAGAUCAAGAGUCGUGGCUUUAUCAGAUGUAUGAGAGGAGGGAAAUCUGGUGUGCUGCGUAUCAUGCUGGUAAGUGCUAUUUAGGACUGAGGAGCAACCAGCGGAGUGAGAGCCUGAACUCUAGGCUUCAGAGAAAUUCUGAGCCAAUGUUACAACUAGAUGCUUCAACUAUUGAGAAGGAGGCUGCAAAAAUGUUCACACCAGGAGUUUUUGCCAAGGUGCAGUUCAGCAUAAAAGCAGGCAUGAAGUGUUUUAUGAGAGAGCACCUAGAUGGCUAUGAUUUGCAGACAUAUAUUGUUGGAAGGGUGGAUAAAGGAGACAAAGAGUACUUUGUGAAAUGUGAGAUAUGUGUUGAUGAAGGCACUCUGAAGAGAAUUUCUUGUUCUUGUCUUAAGUUACAGUCCCUUGGAACCCCCUGCUCACACAUCUUCUUUGUAUUGGGCUAUCGCGAUGAACGCAAGCUUCCAGAGUGCUGUGUUUUGAAAAGGUGGACAAUGGGAGCCAAGAGUGCAUUUCCUCCUAUAAGGAAGAGCACCAUGUAUGACUAUUCUGAUAGCCUACAGAGGUACCGUGAGCUACGUAAUAUCAGUCACACUGCAUCCUUUGUAGCAUCUCGUUCACCUGAAGCAUAUGAGCGGCUGAAACGUGUUCUGCAUGAGGAAGCUGCUAUGGUCCUGCCUAAUGGAGGAGAGAACGGAGGAAACAAGUUUGGUCCAGUGCUGCCGCAAGCCCAGCAUAUUGAUUCCACAGAGUCCACAAAUGUCUUGGAUCCCAUGCAUGUGCCAGGCAGAGGGGCACCCAAGAAAAAGGUGAAGUCAGUUUCAAAUAAGAAGAAAUCUACGGAAAUAAAGCUCCCUGAGGAUGUGCUCGAUAUAUGA